AUGGUUGCUCCGGCAACGCCAACGUAUCUGAAGUGGUCCAAGGUCCCCAUCACAUUCGACCAGUCCGACCAUCCCCCGCUUGUUGCCACCCCAGGGAGGCAAGCGUUGGUGGUCGACCCAGUCGUUGGGGGCACCCGACUGACUAAAGUCUUGAUGGAUGGAGGCAGUGGUCUGAAUAUUCUGUACGCUGAGACCCUCCGAGGGAUGGCCAUUCCGAUGUCCAAGCUCAGUGAAAGCAACAUGCGAUUCCAUGGAGUCAUCCCUGGGAAGAAAGCCAAUUCACUUGGACAGAUUACACUUGACGUGGUUUUCGGCAGAACCGCAUAUGCUCGUUUCAUGGCUCGACCAUGUUACGUGUACCUCAAGCUGAAGAUGCCUGGCCCUAGGGGCGUGAUCACAGUCACUGGCAAUCGGCAGGGAGCUGAAGAGUUCUUCCAGAAGGGCUCAAAGAUAGCUGAUGAGCAAAUGGCAGCAGUUGAAAUGGUAGAAUAUCAGAAGAAUGCAGAUCCGAGUGACUUGUUGAGAGCAAAGAAGCCUGCUUCAGAUUCAGCAUUUCAGUUGUCCGGUGAGACAAAGUCAGUUCAUAUUCACCCGACCGACCCCAAUGCAGCUCCGACUCAUAUCUCGUCAACACUCGACGGCAAAUAG